GGGGCUCGUGAGCGCAGUUGCAAAAGUCUGUGUCGCACGAUGGCUUCAGCUGUGUUGGACGACGUGGUGUCUCAAUCUUAUCGCGCAUGCAUUCAGCCAUUCAGCUGCUCAUUGCCUUGUUGACCUUUCGUGCCAACGCAGUGAUGGCCAUGAGACGCCGCAAAGGAAGUGUGCCAUUGUUCUGCGCGCUUGCUGCAGCAGCUUGUUUCAGCUUGCCGCAGACGGACUUCACUCUGCUGCCAGAGCCCUUUCCGCAGAAGGCAUCCGCCCUCAGUGGCAGAGCGAAUCGCGGUGGAGGAGGCCAUUUCAUUGGACGCAGCUGGGCAAAACCGGGGAGUUGCAGAAGACGGCCCAGCGCGCCACCGACCCAAUUGAAUGCGUGGCCGCAGCUUCGAGCUGUGAUACAAAGGGCAAUGCAUGCUGUGCCCAACAGGACGGCUGACAUUCGCGAUAUACGAGACUUUUCCCUGGCUGUUGCAGGCUUUGUGGUGUCUGGCCUAGGCCUUGCAUUCACGUAUGCCUCCUCGGACUUUCGCAUGAAGCGUCUGGCCGUGAAGAAGUUCAUGGCACCCUAUGAGCCAGCCAAGUCUCCGGACGAGGUCGUCCCACGAAAGGUCGUAGAUGACAUCCGACAUAGGCUGAGCAGCUGGCGGCAGCAGUCCGACGCGACCAUCGUGAGUGGCCGCUACAAAUCCGGCAAGACUGUGGCCGUGGAAGAGGCCUUGCGCGGUGUUUGUGGUGUGUGGGCCUUCACGGUCGAGGUGGAAGACUGGAAGCCUGCCAUGUACCGAAUGCUUGGAGUGAAGGACGCGAACAUGUUUGCCGAGGUGCUUCGUCGUGUCCGCGCCAAGUUGCAAAAGAAGAAGUUUGCAAAGAACCUGACCCAAUAUCCCAUUCUGCUUCUGGACAUUCCUCGCGACACCAAAGGAGGUAAGGAGGAGGGGAUGAAGUUGGUUUCCACCACAGCGAAGGACAUGUCGAGUGAUUCACGCUACGCCGCAACGGCACAUGUGCUGGUGGCCGCCUCAGCUGCUGCCUCGGCUCUGGCGUUUGAUGCUGGCGGUCGCAGAUUCGACAUCUGGGUGGGCGACAUGACCGAGAAGGAGGCGAGUGAGUUGCUCAAGAUGCACGAGCACGAGUCGGCCGCGACAGCAAUCAUUGACAAUUGUGCUGUGGCAGGCAAUGCUUCAAGCUGUUGUUUUGAAUGCUUCCCUUUGUUGCGUGAGCAUAGAGUUCCAGUAAGGUGGCCACCGCGCUGGUGAUUUGGUGGAUGCAUGCAGUAUGCUGAAGAGAGGAAUCAAUCUGAGCGACAUCAAGGUCGAUUUCCACAAUAUGGCAGAAAAAGACGUGGUGAACUUCAUGAGUCUUAUACUUGAUGGAAAGCAGGUGGGUCAGCAGAUUUUAAAUGCACUGCUUCAGAGCGGAGGCGCGGGCAUUAAGGCAGUCAUCAAUACUACCGCCUAUGAGCCACGCAAAAUUGCAAAGCUCAUUCGCGAUGAGAACGCGCAUGCCAUCAUAUGGCAUCCUACAGAGAAGCUUUACAGGUUUGCUUCAAGCUUGCACGCGACAAUCGCCAAACAGAAGAUGCCCUGAAAAGCUUGCACGAGGAAGUUGCCUCAUGGUAGGUUGAUGUGCCGAC